AUGUUAUUCUACGAUCAUUUGCAGUUGAUACAGAAGAGCAAGGAUGAACACGAGGCGCGAAACCAACGCGAGAAGAUUCGGAAUAAAUUAGUCUUUGGUGUUGUGUGGUCCAGCUAUCGCGAGAUAGCUCGCUUGCGGUUGGAGAAGAAGCACAUUGAGUCUAAGUUCUUUAACAUCAAGAAGGAGCACUGCGACCAGAUGAACCAAUUGAUAUCGGAGUACGAGGCCAACCUGGCUGACGAGCUGGCCGCAUGCGAUCACACCAUCAGUGAGCUGAAGAAGAAGAGCCUGCGGCGCAGCGAGGAUGUGGUUGAGGAGCUGUCCCAGCUAGUGGCCGAGAAGAGUGCCGCGCUGGCCAAUGAGGAUGGAUUCAUUGGAGAAUUGCGAAUCGAACUGGGCAAGCUUAGCAAGCUGCGAAUGCAUCACCGCCUGGAGGAGGCGCAUAUCGCCUUCUUGGUGGGCGAACUGAAGGAGGCACGCGAGCACAUUGUCAAUCUGCAGCAGCGUCAGGAUUUCAUGGACAAGGGUGUCAUAAAGAAGGAUCUGGUUAUUGACGAUCUCAAGCUGCAGAUGCGAAAGCUCGAGGACCAUAAAAACUUUCUCAACAUGCAGGUUAGCAAUGCCUUGAAGCAGCACGCAGACUUUGACGAACUAAACGAAAAAUAUAGAAAUGCUAUGAUGCAGACAAGUGAGGUCCUGCCCUGGACUUAUUGCCUGGUAGAAUGGGGCAGCAGUUGUGUGGCCACAGGAGAUACCAAUGAUACGUCUACUGUCAGGCUUAUGGAGCGUGCAUUUACGUUCGUGAAGGUUUGA